AUGACUCUCUUCGAUAAGGAGGUGAUGGAGUAUGAGGAGAAAGGAAUCCCCGAACCCUCGGCUGACAGUCCCGAUGACCAUAUCGGCACCGUCAUCGACAACACGGACAAGCUCAAGCGGCACUUGGGCAACCGCCAGAUCCAACUGAUUGCCAUUGGUGGAUCCAUUGGAACUGCGGUCUUCGUGACUAUCGCAUCUGGUCUGGUGAAAGGUGGCCCGGGGAGUCUUUUCUUGGCCUAUGUGAUUUACUCAUGCAUGAUGGGCCUGGUUAAUAACUGCAUGGCCGAGAUGGCCGUCUUUAUGCCCGUCAGUGGUGCCUUCAUUCGUAUGGCUGGCCACUGGGUGGAUGAAGCAAUGGGCUUCUGGGCUGGUUGGAACUUCUUUCUUUACGAAGUCCUUCUGAUUCCCUUUGAAAUCUCGGCCUUGAAUCUUGUUUUGACUUACUGGCGAGACGAUAUCCCCGUCGAGGCAGUCGUUGCUGCUUGCAUCGUUCUCUAUUUUGUUCUCAAUGCCUUUACCGUCAAAUGGUACGGAGAAGCCGAAUUUUGGCUCGCAAGCGGCAAGGUGUUAUUGAUUCUGAUUGUCUUCUUUUUCACCUUUAUUACGAUGGUUGGUGGAAACCCCAAACACGAUGCCUAUGGCUUCCGCUACUGGAACGAGCCCGGUGCCUUUGCCGAAUACAUCACCACGGGUCCAAUAGGUCGCUUUGAAGGCUUUCUAGGUGCUGUCUGGAGCGCAUCCUUCACAGUCGUUGGCCCUGAAUACAUUUCUAUGAUCGCCGGAGAAGCUAAGCUUCCCCGACGCUAUCUAAAGACAGCCUUCAAGACCACCUACGCCCGAUUUGCGUUCUUCUUCAUUGGAAGUGCCCUCUGUGUGGGCAUCGUUAUUCCUUAUAACGAUAAGUCACUGCUAGCAAUUCUCUCCGGCUCGGCUAGUGGUUCAGGCACAGCAGCCGCAUCUCCCUAUGUUAUCGCCAUGAAGAACCUCGGCAUUAGCGUAUUACCUCACAUCACCAACGCCCUGCUCGUGACUAGUAUUUUCUCCGCGGGCAACGCCUACUGCUAUUACGGAACCCGCAGUCUCUACAGCCUCUCGAUCCAAGGGCAAGCACCCAAGGUCCUUCGCAAAUGCACCAAAGCCGGAGUCCCAAUCUACUGCCUAUGUGUCGUGAUGAUCUUCCCAUUCCUAGCCUUCCUGAACGUAUCCAGCGGGUCCGCCCAAGUCCUCACCUGGCUAACCAAUAUCAUCACCGCCGCCCAAGUAAUCGACUAUAUCAUCAUCUGCACGACAUACCUCUUCUUCUAUCGAGCCCUACACGCCCAAAACAUUGACCGCCGCACCCUACCCUACUACGGUUACUUCCAGCCCUAUUCCGCAUGGAUCGCUCUCGUGUGGAUGAUCUUCGUGGUCACCACGUAUGGCUACUCAACCUUCCUUCCAGGGCAGUGGAGCGUUAGCGGCUUCUUCACUUACUACACUAUGGUUCUGGUUGCGCCGGUUCUGUUCUUCGGGUGGAAGUUAAUCAAGCGCACGAAACUCAUCAAGGCACAUGAGAUGGAUCUUGUCUGGGAUCGCCCUAUUAUUGAUGCCUAUGAGGCUACUUUCACCGAAUAUGCACCUGGCUUUUGGACUGAGGUCCUGCAGUUGGUUGGGCUCCGACGGAAUCGCAAGGAAGAGCAGCAUAUCUAG